AUGAAGAACCAGCCUGGGGACUACAGCACGAUUGUAUCGGAUCCUAUGCCUGACUACCGGCCUUACUGCAACCGGCCGGGCGUGUGUGGCCCAUGUGGGGGCCAGAAUGGGCCGGAGCAGGCGGAGCCGGAGUUGCCGGUGUCCGGGUUGUUGGGCAAGCACAAUGGCUCGAUCAAGACGGCGCGAGGCGCUCCGGUUCGUUGGGACGAGAAUACGUCAAUCGCCCUGUACUUUGGCGCCGGCAAUCUGCGCAAGAGUCGAAACCUAACGCCUUGGUUGUCGAACUUUUACGAGACCAUCAACAAGUCGGGGAAGCGGCAAAAGUUGGAAAUAAUCUACAUCCCCCUUGACUUUACCGCAGACGAGUAUGCCGCGCAUCGUUCAAGGAUGCCGUGGCCUGCUCUAGACUUUGCGAACAAGGAGGCCAUAGAGGAAUUCCAACGUGAAUACGCCGUCUUCACACCACUUGAUAACCCCAACUACGGCGCCGGACCACGCUACCGGGCACCUCAUCUAACCAUCAUCAGCAAGGACGGACUCGCCAUCAGAGACAUCCCUCUCGUCGAUGAGAAUACCAUCAAGAACAACCUCAGCAAGUGGGACUUUUACAACGCCCGCUUCUGGUAA